AUGCUCCCUUUUCUGCUGGCUGUCGCGAGCAAUGGUUUGUUCUUUUUUGGACUUUUACUGGGUAUUUUUCAACUUUCCUAUAUCAUAUAUAGAAAAAUUAAAGUUUUCCAGGUGUUAGCUUAUACAGAAAUCGAGAAAUUUCACUUUUGUAUGUGUUAGGAUAUAUAGAAAUCGAGAAAUUUCACUUUUUUUCAUCACUUUUGAAAAUUUUCAUUUGUGAAAAAAAGUGAAAAAAAUUACCGGUUUUUUUGAUGGAUUUUUCAUGUUUCUUCCAAUCAAAAAUUACGCUGAACUCCUUUUUUUCACCAAGAAAAAUGUGUACUUUUUUUGUUUUGAAAUUUGAAAUUUUCGAUAUUUUUUUCAAUUUUUUUAUUCAUAAAAAUUAAAGAAACUCAUAAAAUUAAAGAAAAAUCCGAGUUUUUUUGAAGUGAAAAAAAUGUGUGGAAAUUCAAGAAAAAUUCUUCUUUUUUUUCCAGUUUCUCAAUCAACUUUUCGAAAAAAACAUUUUUUUGAUAACUUGAUGUUGAUCCUUUAUAACUGGAAAAAGAAAUUAUCUUUGGAAAAGUUACGAUUUUUUUAAAAGGACCUUUCAUGAAAAAUUUGUGUGGUUUUGCGCCGCCGUGAUCCAUUUGAAUGGAUGUGGAUUUACGCGAAUUUAUUUUUUUUAUUUUUUUCCAAUUUUUCCUAAAUGUGAACUUUCAAACGUGUAAAUUGAAUUUACUGUCUAAAAACUACAGUGUAGAAUUAUUAAAAAUAUGAUUAAUUGAUAGUUGGGUAAGCGGAUUUAUCGAUUUUUCUUAUAAAGCUAGAAAUCUUAUCCUUUUUUUCUCAAUGGCGUGUUCAUUGGAGAAUGGAAAAAUUUUUUUCAAAACCAAAAAAAAAUAUAAUUUAUGGCACCAAAGUUGCUCCAAAACAGUAAAAAUUUUCAUUAUGAAGAAAUUUUCCCACGUUUCGGAACAAUUUUCCUUUUUUCCAAUGAAAACGAUGAUUUUUUUCAAAUAUUGAAUAUCGUGAUUGUGGUUGUACCGUCGUGAAUUUGUUGUUUUUUGUAUGAAAAUGGGAAUUUUUCUAUUGCCAGAACCAGAACGAACGGUAGCUUCGAGCGACGAAGACUACCGAAAAAAAGAAGUGACCGUUGUCGAAGAAGUGCCCCGAAGGUCACUAACCGACGGAAUCACGAUGGCCGACGAUGAGGAGGAAGUCAUGCAAAAGGUGCAUUUUUUGAAGGGACUCAACUGCAUUUUAAAAAAAAUCAAGAUGCUUCUUUCCACACACAAGUACUGAAUUUACGGAAUACAUGUAGGGAAAUGUUGGAGCUGGGGAAAAUUAUUGAAAAAAAGCUUUUGAUUUUUUUUUAAAUUUUAGCUUAUCCGGAGCAAAGUUUUACUCAUGAAUUGACUAAAAAAAAAGGUGUUUUUUUCAACUUCUUCCCCCUGGAUGAUUUCUUGAGCUUUCACUAGUCGAAAAUUUUCCCAGGAAUCGAAGGGAAGAUUUUAUAAGGUAGUAAAAUUGAGGAAAAAGUGAGUUUUCAAAGUAAAAUCAAUAACUAGAGAAAUUCGGACUCAAUCAAAGAUCGUCUGGAAAGUUUUUCAAUUACAUUUUUGAAAGGUCAUUAUAGCUUGUACUUUUUCCAGGAAGAUUUUUAUAUCAUUCAAAAAAAAAAAUUAGGAAGCUUUUGUUCUUGUCUAUUCCAUUCAAACUCUUUUUGUUUAUAAAUAAAAAACGUUAUUGAAAUUUUCUAGUUGUUAUUAUUAUUUUCAGAAGCUUACAGAGGAGUGUCAGUUUGAAUAAAUUUAUAUGGAUUUUCUGAAUUCAUUCAAUUUUUUUGGAUUAUAGUAGUGAAUAGAGCGAUUCCUUUACAGAAAUAGAAAUAGUUUUUUUGAGUAAUUGAAUUUUUUUUCAAUAUUUUUUUCUUCUCGCAUUCGGAAAUACGAGAACACUUUAUAAAUGCCUAUUUUUUUGAACUAUAAUUGAAAUAUUCCAUAUUUUUUUCUUGCUAGGAUUUGAAAAAUAUGAGGGCACUUUAUGAAAGGAUGCAUAUUUUUUUGUACUACAAUUAAUCAAGAUUUUUUUAGCAUUCAGAAAAAAAUUUAAGCAUUUUUUUGGAAAUAGCUAUCUGUUUUCUGUAUUAUAAUCUGUAAAGAACUACUUAUUUUUUUCAGGUGGUUGUGAAGGAGGACGAGUUCAACGGCCUGAUCGGAAACAUUGCCGGCAACUUGAUCCGCGAUAAGGUCUUUUUUUGGGAUUUUUUUCAUUAAAUUUUAAUAAAGAUUUGUAUUUUUUUCCUGCUUUUUCAAUAUUUUUUUUGUAUAGAUUGGUGGCCCUGGAGGCGAUAUUAUCGGAGGCCUCGCCGGCAAUUUCCUCGGCGGAGGUGGCGGCGGCGGAGGCGGCGGCGGUGGAUUCGGUAAGGAUUUUUUGAGUUUCCAAGUUUUUUCUUCAGUUUUGAUACCUUUGUUAGGUUUUUUUGUUGUUAGUUUGAUAGUGUAGAUACUUGGAUUAGCUAGAUUUUUUUUUGCUAUUUUUAACUUAAAAAAAGCUGAAGUGGGUACUAGAGGGAAUUUGAGAUUUAAUGAGUCUCCUUUUAAUAGUGACGUCAUAACGCACGACCCCCCAAGCCACUUCUUUUUAAUAGUGACGUCAUAGCGCACGCCUCCCAAGCCACUUUUUUAUAGUGACGUCAUUGCGCAGGACCCCCAAGCCACUUUUUAAUAGUGAAGUCAUAGCGCACGACCCCCCAAGCCAAAGCCACUUCUUUUUAAUAGUGACGUCAUAGCGCAGGACCCCCAAGCCAAUUUUUAAUAGUGACGUCAUAGCGCACGACCCCAAAAAACGUUGUCCAAAAUGACCAAUAAUUUCUGUAGUAGUAUACUUUCGUAGGGGGGCCUUUUUCCCUAAAGUUACCACUCCAGCUUUUUUUCCAAUGAUUCAGGGUUAGAAAAAAAGUGGUUCAGACUUUUAAAAAUUAAACUGCAUAUUUGAGUUUUUUUGAUUCGAAAAAAGUCGUUUUUCCAAUUUUUGUAACUCUAAUUCAUUUUUAAAUAUUCAUGAGUUUUCAAAAAAACUAGAAGCAAUUUUUUUCACAUUCUAAAAAGUCCCAGAAAGCUGUUUUUAUUAAGAGUAUUUGUUAAAAAAAGGUGCUUAAAAAAAUUUUUGAACCUGGUUUAGAAGCUUUAUCGAAAAGUAGAAAAUUCGAUUUUCCAGUUUUCACUGUGAAAUUUUAGCCAGAAAGAAAUGUUUGAAAACUAGAGGUUAAAAAUCUUCUCUAUUUUUUUAUAUGUUAAAAAAAGCUUCAUCAUAUUUUCGUAUCUAUAAAAAGGAUAAUUUUUCUAUUUUUUUUUCAACUAUUUUUCAUUGAAAAGUUUCAUUCGGUAGUGUAAUUCAUCUUACUUCAAAAUUUCUAUGACGUUUUGUACUAUUUUUUGUUCCAACACCUCAAUUUUCAGUUUUUUCCGAUUCCGUUGAAUAUAAAUGGUUUCGUAUCUGUUACUUUGUGCGUUUCGUAUACCCUUUUUUCUGCUUUUUAUUGUGAGAUAGCUUUUUUGCAGUGCUUGUUGCGUUAUUCAGUUUUUAUAUGUUGUGCUAUUUAUUUUCUAGAUUUUUUUGUUAUUAGAAAGGUUUUGAAACGGAAUUUUGGUGAUUUUUAGACUAUUUUUUGAAACCUUUCAUUUUUCCAGCUUUUACUCCAGUAUUUUUCUAUAUCGUUUAGUCGUUAGAGCCAUAAUGUUGUGUGGUCAGUGGUUCAGGCGGCGGCGGUGGGAAUUUCGGCAAUAAUUCUGGAGGAAAUCAUCAAGGAGGUCCCCGGAAACGGGACAUGGCGAUGGGCAUCGCCUCGGAUUUGAUCGGCGGUUUUUUCAAUAAGGGCAACAAGAACAACGGCGGUGGACAAGGCAAUAAUGGUGGAUAUAAUCAAGGUGUUUUCUUGGAGAAGCAUGCGAUUUAUGUGGUGAUCCUGGUGGUGGCGUUGCCUAUGAAAUUUAUGAAGCUCUUUAGGAAAAACUGACAAAGACUUUUUUCAAAUUACCUCGAUUUUUUGUUGUGUAUACUUUAACUGUAAUAAUGGCACCAAAAAGCUUGGAAAUUGGCCGAAAAAAGUUUAGUGUUUAGUCUUUUUUUCAAUAGUGCAGUGAAGGUCAUGGUUUUUUCGUUCUGAAAAAGGGAAAAUAUAGUUGUGAACCUAUGAGAAACUACCGUAAUUAUUUUUUCGUGUGAAAUUUAAAGAAAAAGUUGUUUCAUAUGCUUUUAUGCAGCUCUCAAAGUUAUCUAUACAGCUUUUCCAUUUCUAUAACUGCAUAUUCGAAUAUCUCUACAGUCCACUAAUUUUUUUUACUUUUCACAGUUUCGAGUGAUCUCAUCAGAAAACCCGUCUUCUAUAUUAUUUAUCAUAUUAACCGUUCUAAUUGUAUUUUUUUCUCACCAUUAACAUACCUCAUGCAUGAACUUGUCAUUUUACUCUUUUCUAAAUUCAUUCCUUCGUUUUGACUUUUUUUCUCCUCUCUUCCUUAAUUCCUUCUCAAAAGUAAUGAAUGGAAUAUUGGCAUGAGUUUAAUUCUCAGAAAAAUGCUGUUAAUUAAAGAAAAUGAAUUGUUUCAGGUGGCGGCGGCGGUCCCGACUUUGGCAGUUUGAUUGGUGGGCUGAUCGGCGGCGGAGGUGGUUUUCAAGAAAAAAAAAGUUAUCAGUGAACAUGGCCAGAGUGGACUGGCUCUAGGGGCAUUUAGUAUGGUCAGAUUUUGAAUGUCAAGCAGCUUUCUCUGAUCUAACAGCUCAAAAAAAAACCAAAAAUCAGUGGCUAUUAAAGGAUCAUUGUCGCUUCCAAUAUUGAAUCGAUAAGAAAGUUUUUCAAAAGCUUAGACUGGCUGGAGUUUGAACCCUUGUUUUCCCAUACCAAUACUUCUUAAACCACUUGUUUGGGUCACAGUGGGGAUCGAACUCGUGACCCUUCAAACCGUAGACAGGCACACAACCUGUUGCGCUAAAAACAGUUAUUCUCAUAAUCUCAUUCAUUUUCAGGCAAUAAGCAGUCUGGCGGUGGCGGUGGCUACAAUGAUAACAGUGGAGGCGGAAAUCGCAGUGGAGGCGGCGGCGGAUUCAAUUUCAAUGAUAUUGGAGGUCGUGGUGAACUCCGAAAAAUCAAAACUUGUAUUUUUGCACUAUCUAAAUCGAACGAAAAAUAAGUAGAAACAUGGUUUUUUUCAAGAAGUUCUGAGUUUAUCUUUUUUUCUUAUAUUUUUUUUGGACUUAUUUAAGAGAUUUGAGGCUCUCGAUUUUUUUUAGGGGGGUGGGGGGUCUUUCAAGAAAAAAAUUUUUUUGUUGCAUGAACUCCGUGCAAAUUUUUUUUGAAAAAAAGUGAGAAAGAAAAAAACUACAGUAUACAUGGCUUUUUUGCCCGCUUCAUUUUGAUACCUGUAAUCGAAAGGUGUACGCUGUUUUAACCGAAAAAUUGGGAUGGGCUAUAAGGAUUAUUGAGACUGUAGGCAGGCUCCAAUGGAAAAUUUUCCAAAAUUACUGUUUUAGGAAUCAUCAACUCGAUCGGCGGCGGCGGUGGAAACCAAGGAGGCGGCGGUGGCGGAGGCUUCGGCGGCCUCAUCGGCAACCUGAUCGGCUCCGGCGGCGGUGGUCAGUACAACGGCGGCGGCGGCAACGUCAAUCCGAACCGACUCAACGGCGGAAUGGUCAACAUCAUCGGGAAUCUGAUCGGCGAGGCCGCCCAUCGGUUCCUCGGCGUCGACCCGGGAACUGGCAAAAUCAUCGGUAAUGGUCCCCCAGAAGUCCUUCCUUCUGAUGAGAACUUCUAGGCGCCGUCGCUGGCAACGUCAUCAUGGGCCUGGGUGGAAAGGACAACUCUCUCGGAAACAUUGGCAAAGUCAUCCUCGACAAUAUCAUUUCCGGGAAAUUCAGGAGAGAUGUGGGAUUUUCUUUGAGCUACUUAAAAGAUGAUAUUUUAUAUGUAGAUUGGAAUUUUUCAAUCAAGAAAACGGUAGUUUAUCAUGAGGUUUCUGAAACUUCAAAAUUCCCUGACCCUUUUCGAAAGCCUCCUCGACAGUUUUAAGCACUGAUGAGAGACCCAAAAAGUCCCACCGUGAGCUGAAACUAUUCCCUUGCGAAAACGUCCGCAUUUUACAGGUUGAUCCGUUCGUCCGACCCGAGCCGGCCAGAGACGACGGCGGCGGCGGCCCUUCCCCAAUCCGACCUCGUCCCUCCCACGAACCGCAGGACUUCUACGCCCUCCGGGACCAGUGUCUCCAGGAGAAGCGGCUCUUCGAAGACCCGCUCUUCGACGCCGCCGACUCCUCCCUCUUCUACAGCAAGCGACCGCCGAAGCGUGUCCAGUGGCUGAGGCCCGGCGAGAUCGUCUCCGCUCCGCAACUCCUCACCGAAGGACACUCUCGGUUUGACGUCAUCCAGGGAGAGCUCGGCGACUGCUGGCUCCUGGCCGCUGCCGCCAACCUGACCCUCAAGGACGAGCUCUUCUAUCGUGUCGUCCCGCCAGAUCAGUCGUUCACUGAGAAUUAUGCUGGUGCGUGGUUACUGUUGGUUCGAUCUUGAGAUCUAGUCGUUCCACUUGAAAAAUUUUAGAAACUUUCCGGAUUCCUACUGAAAUGUAUACCAAUGAAUUUUGUCUUUCCGAAGCUUUUUUCACCCCUCAAGUGGCUAGCUUUUGACGCUAAGGGGCGUGGCCUGUCUGCGCUCUCCACGAACCAGACACUGUCUCUUUUCAUUUCGUGUCAGGACCCUUUUUUCAAUGGCUCAAGCCAGCCGUGAAUCAGUUAUACCUUCUGAUAGACCCGAAACAAGUUUUCACACUUUUCUUGAGACCCAGGUUUUGAAGGCUCAAAAUAUGUAUCAUGCCUGCAUACUGUGACCAUAUUCAUUAAAUUCAAACCAAUCAGAGAGCAAGCCAUUCACAGAGCGUUUUUGGGGACGGAGUUUGCUGCUUGACAUUCAAAAUAUGAACAGACUAUUCCAGUUUUAGUAAGAGUUUUAAAAAAUGUUCUGAGCCACUUUUUUACUCUAGCAUCAAUAAUUUAUGUCGGCGGUAAUGAUCAUCUGAAUUUAAAGGAAAAUCUUUCUUCAGCCUUCUUAGAAUUCUUUGAAGUCCAAAGUUUUGCAUCCUAUAUUCGCUGGAUUUCCAGGAAUCUUCCACUUCCAAUUCUGGCAGUACGGCAAAUGGGUGGACGUCGUGAUCGACGACCGACUGCCGACCAAUAAUGGAGAACUGCUCUACAUGCACUCGGCCAGCAACAACGAGUUCUGGAGCGCUCUUCUCGAAAAGGCCUAUGCCAAGUAGGGAAUCAAAAGCGGCUGAAAAGACCGGGGCCACCCGGGGCGGGAAGAACCGCUUCGCGAAACGUUCACAUCGUCAAAAGAGCCUUCUUCAUUUUUCCCUCGUUUCCAUCUUUGCGGCUCGGCUCGCCCCGGAGCGACUGCCUCAAUUUUCCAAUUUUACCCUUUGAUUCAGACUGUUCGGCUCCUAUGAAGCCCUGAAGGGCGGUACGACCUCAGAAGCUCUAGAAGACAUGACCGGCGGUCUGACCGAAUUCAUCGAUCUCAAAAAUCCACCCAAGAACCUCAUGCAGAUGAUGAUGCGAGGGUGAAUCGACUGAAGAGGAAACAAUAAAUUGAACAUCCUACUUUCCAGUUUUGAAAUGGGAUCCCUUUUCGGCUGCUCCAUCGAAGCUGAUCCUAACGUCUGGGAGGCCAAAAUGUCCAAUGGACUUGUGAAGGUUCGAAAAUAAAUUUAAAGAUGGACUAUAUUUGGUUUUUCCUAGGGCCACGCCUACUCGAUCACCGGCAUGAGGAUCGUCGAUGGGCCGAAUGGCCAGGCCUGCAUUCUCCGGAUUAGGAACCCGUGGGGAAAUGAGCAGGUUCAGAGUUUGACACUGUGUUUUUAAAGGAGCAUAGACAAUAUUCAAAAAAGGUCUUAGGGAGAAUUUGUUUUAAGGACGAUUUAAGCUGAAUUUUUUGGUAACAGUUACAUUAAGACUCUCUGAACGCUUUUUUAAAAGCACAGGGUGUAUAAUUUAUCAAAUUCUCGGAGAACAGUUUUGUUGAAUUUUUGAUUUUUAAAGGCGCAUGACAAAAGUUCCAAAAUGGUCUCAAGGAGAAAGUUCAAAUUUGAGCUAUUGCUUGCUCUAGGAGUCUGUUGAGGAGACAUACCGUAGCUCUUUCAAGAACUUAUUAAAGGCGCAUGUGAAAAGAAAGCUUUUCUGGCCUCGUGUGGAAAUUAUGAUACUCAGGCAAGAUUCAAAAAAGUCUUCACGGAGAGUUGAGGACGGUUCAAGCCGAAAUUUUGGGCUCAAAUUGGCUACAGUUACAUUAAGGAUUUCACUUUUAAAGGCACAUAGAAGCAGUUUAUAAAAUUCUCGAAGCGAAAAGCAUUUUUGAAAAAUAAUAAGUCGAUUCAAGUGCAUCAAGUGAUAUGAUUUUAAAGGCGCAUGAGAAGAGUUCAAAAAUGGUCUCAAGAAGGAAGUUCAAAUUUUAGCUAUCACUGGCUCUAGGAGUCUGUUGAGGAGACAUACCGUAGCUCUUUCAAGAACUUAUUAAAGGCGCAUGUGAAAAGAAAGUUUUUCUGGCCACGUGUGGCAAGUAUGAUACUCAGGAAAGAUUCAAAAAAGUCUUGACAAAGAGUUCUUGAGGACGAUUUGAACAGAAGCUUUGAACUUAAAUUAGUUACAUUUGAAUUACGAUUCUCUCAACUCACUUUUAAAGGUACAGGGUGCAACAAGUGUUAUGAGAAAAGUUUAGUUGAUUUCUUGAUUUUUAAAGGCGCAUGAGAAGGAAAUUUAAAAAUGGUUUCAAGAAGAAAAUCCAAAUUUUAGCUAUCACACUGGCUCUAGGAGUCUGUUGCGAAGACAUACGUAGCUCUUUCAUGAAACUAAAAAUUUUUUGAAGGCGCAUGGGGAAGAAAUUACUUCUGUGUACGUGUGGAAGUGAUACUCAGGCAAAUAAAGAUCCAAAAUAGCUUUAGAGAAAGAAAUUGAUAACUAAAUUUUGGAGUGUCAGAGAUAAUUUUGCCAUUUACUUUGAACAAAAAAAAUUUUCUACUUUUCCCCGUAAAUUUGACAAGUUUCAAGGAAUGGAACGGCCCUUGGUCGGACAACUCCCGCGAAUGGCGAAGUGUCCCGGACAACACCAAGCAAGACAUGGGCCUCAAGUUCGACCACGACGGAGAGUUCUGGUUCGAGCUUGAUCUUCUCUGAAUUUGAUCAAAAGUCGUCAUUCAGGAUGUCUUUCGAAGACUACAUGAGGAACUUUGAAAAGAUGGAGAUUUGCAAUCUCGGACCUGAUGUUAUGGACGAGGUGUACCAGGUAAACAAAAAAUUGAAAAAAAUGUUUUGAAUAAGUUUGAUUAGCUUGAAAAAUACCUUCAGAGUUUUCAGAUAGAAAAAUCGUUUCCAAAAACAGAUUUAGACACCUUAGAAGGAGCCGUGGACAGGAUUGUUUUUUGGAGGAAGAGCCUGGAAAAGGGGCGGGGCUACAGUAGAAAAAAGCCACUAACAUGCUUUUUUCAGCCUUAUUUUCUCUGUUUUUCACCUUUUCUGGUUCUCAGCGGUCAAAGUCCAUGUACUGCUGACUUGGGACAUAAAAAUAAGGGACAAUGGUAAACUCUCCAAUUUUUACGUGCUAUUUUCCAUAUCUUAUUGGGUGGAGCUGAUCGUUUUUCUACAACGCGGUCGCGAAGCAGGCAAAAACUUUUUUUCAAAAUCUCACCACUUUCCGUAGUUUUUUUUGGUCCUACGACACGAGUUUCUCUUUUCCGAUAGGUACGGUAUGUGAAAGUCCGCAACCUGUUUAUGCACUAUGUGUGUUUGCGCUUUCUGAGUGGUCUCCCCUUUUUCCAAGUUUUACAUGUAAACUCAUCGCAAUGGAAUGAAACUACAGAGAAUAGGAAAAAAAAACCCGAGGAUGGACCAAAAACUGCAAACAUACAAAGUGCUCACGCAGAAUGCGGACUUUCGCGUACCGUACCAAUUGAAGGGGAAAAACUCGUUCUUGCCCGUAGCUCCGUUUUUUUUUGUCUUUUUUGACUGCUUCAAAUCGUGGAGCCCCCUUUUAAAGAAGUAGGCUCAAGCCCAAGCGACUAACUGAGCACUUUUUCACGGGAUGCUUCUAGAAGGUGAAUACUAGACGAAGACGUUCAGAUGACGGGUGUCAAGGCGGCUGGACUGACGUGGGCGACGAACACUCACGACGGCGCCUGGCUUCGCAAUCAGACCGCCGGUGGAUGCCGAAACUACAUCAGUAAUCCUUUCCUCGUUGACCUUCAUCCUUGAUUAUACCAGACACCUUUGCGAAUAAUCCCCAGUUCCGCGUCCAGCUCACCGACUCGGAUCCCGAUGACGACGACGAACUCUGCACGGUCAUUUUUGCGGUCAUGCAGAAGUAUCGGUGAGUUUGGAGGGGGGAAGAGAGGGAAAUUAUGAGAAACUUCCCAAGAGGAAUUAACUAUUGUGGUGAACUUUUGAAACUUGAAGGGGAAUUUGUCUAUAGUCCGUUUUUUCGCGACUUGAAAGGGCGGGACUUCUCUGCGCCCUCCUCAUCUCUCGACGUCUCUCUCAUGUUUACGUGAUAUUUCCAUGUCUAUCUGACCUCGCCGGCGAGAGAACAGAGAGACGCAGACACGCGAAAACUGUAAAGUCGCGGUGGGCGGACUAUAUUCUUAGUAAUGGAAUGAGUAUAGACGAUUCAUGGUAAGCUAGGGACGCGAAGGGGGCGUGGCCUGUCUGCGAUCUAGGUCAAGUACCAAUUUCCAGAUUUAUCGAUGAUUAUUGAAGUUUGAAAGCUUUGUAUUCGGAAUAUUGCUUUUGUGGCAGUCUUUAGGCACUCUACUGAUAAUUUUUAGGCAUUUUUGAAUUUAUCUUAUUUUUCUUCCUUCUCAAACAUACGUCUUUUUGAGAUAGAUAAUUUUGAAGCGUUUCCGAAAACUGACUACCGUUUUAUAAAUGGUACUUCAGUAUUAAAGCUUGAUUGGAAGCGUCAAAAUGGAAAUCGGUCUUGAGAAGAAGAACUUCAGAGUGUUCCAUCCGCAAGUAGGGUAUAUAGCUGAUUCACGGCUCGCGUGAGACGCUAAGGGGCGUGGCCUGUCUGCACUCUCCACCCGCCAGGCACUGUCUCGCGCAUCAUCGUUUCAGGACCAUUUUUUCGAUGGCUCAAGCCAGUAUUGAAGCAGCAGUUGACCCUACUAUUAGCGUUAACAGUUCUUCAGUGAUGAACUUUUUCCAGGCGAAACCUGAAGCAGGAAGGCUUGGACAACGUCCCAAUCGGUUUCGCCGUUUAUGACGUUUGUUUUUUUUUUUUCACGCAUUCCUAAAGUUUUUUCUUAUCUAAACGAAUGGCUUAUUCAUUUUAAUCAUUUUGAUAUGGAUUUUUUUCAGAUGAAUGCUGUAAGUUUUCCGAAAGGACCGGUUUUGAUUUUUUAUUUCUGUGUUCUUUGUAAAGUGUGUUUGAUUUUUGAGUUUGUGAAGCACUUUUUUUUUAAAAAUGCGCACCUUUUUUGGAAAUUUUGAAGUAACACUGAGCUUUUUGUUUACGUGGUGUCUGUGCUUAUUAAAUUUCAAAAAAAGUUCUAUUUUUUGGCCCAAGUUUUGGAAGCAAUUGGGAAAUUCUUAGUGACCACUAUAGGGUUUUGACGUUUUAGUGGCCACUAUAGUAGUCAAAUUAGUGGCCACUUCAGGGGCUCAUAAUUAGUGGCCUACUAAGUGUUACUACUAGACCACUAAAAAUUCUAGUGGCCCCUUUAGGGUCGAUGGAUCAUCAUAGCUUGUUAAAUUCGUAUUCAUAUUAAUUUUAAGAUGUUCACCUUUUUUUUAUUAACCCAGCUUUUGUUCAAGUAUAGUGUGUCCGUGGCACUGCUUACUCAUAUUCAAGCUUCUCGGAAGAAUUCAAAAGCCAAAAAGCGAUUUCAGGCCGGUGGAGUCCGUGGCCGCCUCGACAAGCAGUUCUUCGCCGCCAACAAGUCGGCGAUGCGCAGCGCGGCGUUCAUCAACCUCCGCGAGGUGACGUCACCACCCUUUUCCUGAAGAUAACCGACGUCUUCAGAUGACCGGACGAUUCCGCGUCCCGCCGGGCAACUACGUCGUCGUGCCGUCGACCUUCGAGCCCAACGAGGAGGCCGAGUUCAUGCUCCGCGUCUUCACCAACGGAUUCAUCGAGUCGGAGUGAGCAUGGGAAAGAAAAUGCGUUGAAAUUGCUGUUGCUAAACGUUAGGAUUGAAAUGAGGAAAUAUUCACUGACUAGGAAAGAGAUUGAGAAGCUCAAAAAAGCAAUCAGUGAUGAGAGAGAUAUGUGGAGGCUGAACUGUUACAUAAUUUGACGGAAUAAAUGUAGAGAAAAUGUAGGAAAAUACGAAUUCAGAACUUUCGAAGAUCGAGUGAAGAAGACUCGCGGUCAUUUUAUCCCCCCCUUUAGUAUAAAUUGGAAGAGGAGAGCUGGCCGUUAGGAAUGUCUGUAACUGAACAAAUUGACUGAGCUCACAGUACUUUUCGAGAGAAUUAAGACAGAUCGGAAGCAGAGCCCAGGUUCCAUGGUGUAAAAGGAGAAGGAGCAGCGCUCAUUUAGCAGCUAUAAGCCUGAGCUCAUGCUCCCAAGCUCCAAAAGGAAGCUUGAGAAAGAAGAGCCUCAAAAGUUGGAGCGUUGAGAGCUUGAAGAAACCUCGGUGACAACUUUUGGGAGCUUCUGAAGAUUUUUUUUUGAAGAUUUUUCAAAGGCGAGGCAUUCUUUAGCACUGGAUAGCCACUUUUAAGGUGUCAAGUCUCCGAAACGAAAGGAGUUUUUUUUUUCUGCGGAGCUGUAAUGAGAAAGUUCAAAAAGAUCUUUUAGCAAAGUUUCAUUAAUUAAAAUUGUUCAACCCAACCCCUGUUAGAAGAAAUAGCCGCGUGAAAAAGCCGUCCUUAGAUUCAUCUAGUAGGAUUUGUCAUGAGAAAAGAAAAAUGGUCCUUCAAAAAAUAUCCCAGAACUUUGUCCUAAACCUGUCUUUUUCAGCGAGCUCUGA